AUCACUCUCUCGAGACUCCCUUCUAGCUAAAACCCUAAUAUUCUUCUUUCCGUUGAGAGAAGUACUCCGUGGGGAACGAUGCCUACCCCGACUAGCUUGAUCAUGGGUAAGAUGAUAAUCACCAUGACUUUGAGCCAAAGAAUGCCUUCCGUAACCACCGCAUCAUACGCUGAGGCUAAGACAGUAGUCUUCUGGGACGUGGACGAGUGCCCAAUCCCGGAAGAUCUCGACCCUCAAUCUGUUUAUCAGAACAUCAGAACAGCACUAGCGAACAAAGGUUACCACGGCGAGGUCUCAAUCAUGGCGUUUGGUGACAGGAACCAGAUCCCUGGUUACUACGAAUCAGCCGGAAUCCAAAUCUUUCCCAAAGGAGAUAAGUAUGAUAGGAUUGGUCAGAUGCAGUUAGAGUUUUUCGGGUGGAUGAGGGAUAAUAGUUGUGAGUACACCAACAUGAUGGUGGUGACACGAUCCGCAAUGGAGUUGGUUUCUUAUCUCGAGUAUAAAAACACGCACCACAACAUUCUCUUCGCGAAUCCUCUGUACCCGCAAACAAAGGCUUGCGGCUGCAAAUUCGGAGCUAGGCAAGAAGAUCCUAGCGCUGAGACUUGGGUCUGGGAAACCCUAGCCCUUGGAGGAGACCCCAGCAUCAAAACAGUAGAAGAGCCUUGCAGGUACAGAGAGUAGGGUGGCGGUGAUGUUAAGGAUUCUGUUUCUCCAUGAGAAUGGGGAAUGCUCUUCUACAUAUUUGCUAAUUACUUAAAUGUUUCCAAGUAGCUAGCUACAUAUUUGCUUAGCUGUUUAAUGUUUAUAACUUGCUACAUAAUUGCUUGCUUAGUAUUUAAUGUUUCUAAUUUGCUAUGUAUUUCUUGGUCGUUAAUGUUUGUAACUUGCUACAUAGUUAAUGUUUAUAAGUUGCUACA